GCAAAGAUACAACCACGGAGCAGACUACUUUUUCAACCGCUACUAAUCCAACAGAGACAGAAACCACGCCAUCGACGACGGAGAUGACCACUGAAAAUUCAACAACCACUACAAGGUCAUCAUAUGGAACUACGAAAUCUACAACCACUGAGGGAACAACUCCAUUGUUAACCUCAACUACGACCGAAACAUCAAAUGGAACAACCGCUAUAACCCCACAAGCAUGCGAAACUUUGCCAACCGGCACAUUCCUGCCCGAUCCCGAUCACUGUAGUCGUUAUUAUGUUUGCACAUUCGGUCGAGCCAUAUUGAUGCAUUGUCCACACCCACUUUGGUUCGAUACCAGGUUAAAUGUGUGCAACUAUCCAGAAAAUGUUACGUGUGCAGCAAAUAAAGACUGAUCCUUCGUAAAUUUCAUACACAGGCAGCCUUUUCACUAUAUGUAUGUAUAUGCUUUUAAAU